AUGGCUAACUGUAACGUUAUGGUUUUUCACACUCAAAUAGCCUCCAUCAUGGAGGUGUUAGCGAAUGCAGCCGUUGCAGAAAUCUGUAAACUCGUAGACGACGACUAUGCAGUGUUUCGUUUGGAAAUAACUCAAAGCCAGAAAGAAACCAGGACAUUGCGGAGGAAACUGCAGCAACUAGAACUGAAGGUGGCACGGGAGCGCGCAGAGAGGACAACGCGAGAGCGCGUCCCCGCCAGUCCAAAUAGUGUCAAGUUCCUCGACCCAUACAGAGGAAUGGCAAGAGGUGAAGGGCAUCUCACUGAAGGCCACAGGAGCUUUGUGAAGCCAACGGAAGACAAUGCGUGGAGAGAUGACCAACCAAUAGCUGUAGAUGAGGAGAGUGGAACCUCAACCCAGCAUGUUAUCGUGAUAGAGUCAGCAGAUGCAGAGGCUGCAGGUCCUGGGGUCAAGCAGAAGGUGUCUGAAAGAGAGGAGGACCCACGACACAGCAGAGAUAUCGAGACUGGAGCAGCGGCGGGAGUGACGCCCCCUGUAGCCACGGAGGACCUCGCCACCGCCACAGUGCCCCAGGCCAGGACCCGACGCAGCAUCACGGAGGAGGAGGCGGCUCCAGAGGUGCUGCUGGUGAAGGAGGAGGGGUGUGAGGAGGGUCUGAGGAACCCUGUGGGGACCAUGGUCAUGGAGGACAACCAGACUACACCUCCUCCUGAACCCACAGAGGAACCAACUGAGCAGAAAAGGACGACACACAGUCUCCCUGAGUCAGUAGACAUGGAGGAUGGGAAGCCUGAUCUGCUACUAGUCAAAGAGGAGUUUAUAGAAGACGGACCAGAGAGCAUUGACCUGCUGAGUGGACUAAAGAUGGGGGAGCAAGGUGGUUGGCUGGAGGCUAACAGAGAAGACUGGGCAGCCAUCUUGGAUUCCCAGAACCAGGCCGGUGCAGCCAGGGACCCGGGGGACAUCACCACCGAGCAGGCCAGGACCAGAGGCAACAUAGUGGAGUCUGCAGUCCACGAGGACCUGCUGAUAUCCGGUGCUGCUGGCAGGCGAAACUGGACCUCUGAGGCGGCUGGUCACAAACCUUGGCUCCGGAUCAGGACACUGGAUCAGGAGCCGUCGAUUUUCCUUUCCGAGUCAGAAACAGAACCAAACCGUGAGGGGCAGAGACUCCAGCACCACACAGAACACAACCAGUGGACAGGUGGACUGAACAACCUCAGUCCUGGUGGUCAUCAGAUAGACAGAGGCUCCAGUCAGGGAUCCAGUCAGCAGCCCAGACCCUUCUCUGCACAGUCUCAAUGCAGAGAUGGAGCAGGACCUGGGGCUGAUAGAGUUAGACCCUCCUGUUCCUAUGAUACAAACACCACAGUAUCCAUGAUGAACAAUUCAGGUCACCCUGGGCUUCAGCCUUCACAGAGAGUAGUGGGAGACACCCUCGGUGGGAGUCUAACAGGAAGUCUGUCUUCUCCUUCAGGAUCUUGUCUAAUGCCUGGUGAAUGGGUUCAUAGAAGGCCUGCACCUGGGUCUAUCCUUCCUCAGUUACCUCAUGGUUACCCCACCAAUACAGACAGGGUCAGGAUGGGCAUUCACCACAAGAGGUACCUAGCCUAUAACACAACACUCAAUCCCAACAACACCCAAACAAUAGCUAGAGGUCAAGGAUGGAGCUCAAAGACUAACCACCUGAGGGUGGUGGCACCUGCUCCUGCCUCGUCUGGUGUCAUUGGGUCACAAUGUGGGAGGCCGAGUAAUAGGACGAACGCUGACAAGCCAUACGCCUGCCCCACAUGUGGGAAGCGCUUCGCUAGGGCAGACUAUUUGAGGGAGCACCAGGCCGUUCACACCAAGGAGAGGCCCUUCAAGUGCAAACUAUGUUACAAGAGCUUCUCCUUCCUGACAAACCUGAUCAGACAUAGGAGUGUCCACAACCGGGAGAAAUUGUAACAGUGUGGGGCUUGAGAUGUACACGGGAUAUCUUGGAACUAUUCUUAAGUUGACAUAUAGUUGUGAAGUGUUCUGCGGAAGAGGGUAAUUAACCACAUACCCUUCAUUAACCCUUUGUUAACUUGUCAUUUGAAACAGGCUUGGAUAUACCUCUUUUUAGAGAGACAGUAAACCUAGGCUAAAACAAGGAUAGUUGAAUAUUUACCUUACUGAGGUGAUGGAAGGUAGAUGGAAUAAAGUCAUUAUACUAUUUUCUACUCUAUUCUUGUGAACACACUGUUCUUUCGAAACAAGUCUGCUCUCAGCUUGAAAGAUACUGAUCAUGGGAGAUUUGAAGUGUAAUGUAAUAAACAGUACCGUAAUUCAAAGAGCAGCGUGCAUACCUUUUUCAUUUAAGCACUCCCUUUCGAACUAUGAUGCCAACCAAUCAGAUUAUUUCUCUUUAUUGUACAACAAUUUCCACAUUUGUGUUUUUAUUGUUGUUAUUUAGACAGGGAAAUCCUGGCAUUCAAAAUAGGACAAAUUUAACUGCGCAGCAUCCCAUACUUACUGCAGUAGUCUUUCAUUUGCGUUGGAGACAGGACUUGGUUGAUAGAUGUUAUCUGGAUAACGCUAGCUAGCUGCUAACAUGACAAACUGUAUGGUUUUUCACACUCAAAUAGCCUCCAUCAUGGAGGUGCUAGUGAAUGCAACAGUGGCAUACAUCUUUAAAGUUGAAACACAGCAUAGUUGUCUACAUUUGGAAAUAACUCCAAGCCAGAAAGAAAACAGGGCAUUGCGAAGGAAACUACAGCUACUGGAAACUGAAGUUGGCACGGGAGCGAGCAGAGGACGAUGCGAGAGAGUAGUGUAAAGAUCCCCAACAGAUACAGAGGCAUGUCAAGAGGUACAAAUUGCCGAAGGCAGAGUCUGCGCGGCCUGUCGCCGUGCAUAUAUAGCUCAGUGCCUGUCGCCUCGUUCACCUUUUGACGUGAUCAGAUUCAUUAUCGAGAAUAUGUUCUUGGUCAGUUUUUGGAUAGUAUGCAAUAAUUCCCCUGAUUAAUUUGGUAUUUUGUAUUUCAUUAGAAUCCCCAUUAGAUGUUGCAAACGCAGCAGCUACUCUUCCUGGGGUCCACACAAAACAUAAUACAGAAUGACAUAAUACAGAAUAUCAAUAGACAAGAACAGCUCAAGAACAGAACUACAUAAAAAAAAUGUUAAAGCACACGUUGCCUACAUAUCAAUGCAUACACACAAACUAUCUCGGUCUAAUAAGGGAGAGGCGUUGUGCCGUGAGGUGUUGCUUUAUCUGUUUUUUGAAACCAGGUUUGCUGUUUAUUUAAGCAGCAUGAGAUGGAAGGAAAUUCCAUGCAAUAAGGACUAUAUAAUACUGUACGCUUUCUUGAAUUUGUUCUGGAUUUAGGGACUGUGAAAAUACCCCUGGUGGCAUGUCUGAUGGGAUAAGAGUGUGUCAGAGCUGUGUGAAAAUUGACUAUGCAAACUAUUUGGGAUUUUCAACACAAUGUUUCUUAUAAAAAGACGUGAUGCAGUCAGUCUCUCCUCAACUCUUAACCAAGAGAGACUGGCAUGCAUAGUAUUUAUAUCAGCCCUCUGAUUACAAUGAAGAGCAGAACAUGCCGCUCUGUUCUGGGGCAGCUGCAGCUUAACUAGGUCUUUCCUUGCAGCACUGGACACAUGACUGGACAAUAAUCAAGAUUAGACAAAACUAGAGGCUGCAGAACUUGCUUUUUGGAGUGUGGUGUCAAAAAAUCAGAGCAUCUCUUUAUUACAGCCAGACUUCUCCCCAUCUUUACAACCAUUGAAUCUAUGUUUUGACCAUGACAGUUGACAAUCUAAGGUAACACCAAGUAAUUUUGUCUCCCCAACUUGUUCAACAACCACACCAUUCAUUACCAGAUUCAGCUGAGGUCUAGAAUUUAAGGAAUGAUUUGUACCAAAUACAAUGCUCUUAGUUUUAGAGAUGUUCAGGACCAAUUUAUUACUGGCCACCCAUUCCAAAACAGACUGCAACUCUUUGUUAAGGGUUUCAGUGACUUAAUUAGCUGUGGUUGCUGAUGCAUAUAUGGACACACAUGCUUUGUUUAA